AGUUAUCUCCAGCGGUUUCAGCGUGUUCCGAUUACGCCGGACAUGCAACAAGACCUGAUAUGGUGGUACACUCCCCGCCUGAACGGCGUGUCGCUGGAAUACUUCAAUGCUCUCCCAGCACCCGACAUUGUAGUCGAAAUAGAUGCGUCCGAUUAUGGUCUCUGUGCGCUGGAUGUAUCAUCGCAAGUGGCCCUCACGUACCAGUUCUCGGACAGCGAACGUGCCUUGAUUGCGGCUUUUAAGGCUGGUACGCCCAACGGCUUCGACAUCAACUUUCGGGAGCUGCUCUCGUGCGCUUUCGCGGUUCACGCAUGGGGACGCCGGUGGGGCUCCGGUGCCUCGCGCAACGAUCGCCCACGCCACGUUCAAUUUCGCAUCGACAACACUUCUGCGGUCGCAUGGCAAACCAAGCUCGCGUCCUGUAAAUCACGCGCUCAAGUGAUUAUCCGGCUACUUAACUGGUGGGAGACUUCGUUCCAGCUUCGGUUUUCGGCGUCGCACGUGGCCGGCUCUGACAACGAACGCGCCGACACUGGCUCCCGCAUUGCCGCUAACCCAUCGUAUGCGGUCAAAUUCUCGUCACUUACUCCCGGAUGGUCGCCGGUUUCGCCGACUGUGGAUAUUCAAGGUCUGAUCGAUAUCUGGCAGCGUAUCUCCGAGCGCACUCCGUUGCCGACUCCACGUUCGAGCAAUACCGCCGAGCCUUGA